AUGCCUAUUUAUAUAACUCGGCCAAAGCAACUACUCGACGCCGGAGUAAUCGGUCUAACCACCGCCCUCUGCAUCCAACAACAGAACCCCGCACAAUCCAUCCUCCUCGUAGCCCGCGAUUUCCCAACAGACACCUCAGUGAACUAUGCCUCCCCCUGGGCCGGCGCACACUACAGACCCGUCCCAGGCUCCUCUCCCCAAGCCCUAAAAGAAGCCAACCAAGCGCAGCGCACAUACGACUAUCUCAAGCGGACCGUUGAGCCAGGCGCAGGCGUCGAAUUCAUCCAGGGCAUCGAGCACCUCGAGACACCACCGGCGGAGUACCUGGAUGCGCAGAGCGUGCGUAAUGUAUAUUCGCAUCUAGAUGGGUUUCGGGCUUUGGGUAAGGAUGAGGUUCCUGAGGGUGUGGUGUGGGGAGCUGAGUAUGGGACGUAUGUGGUGAAUUCGCCUGUAUACUGUGCGUAUUUACUGCGGAGGUUUGUGCUGAAGGGUGGUGAGACGAGACGGUAUACGUUGGCGAAUUUGAAGGAGGCUUUUACGAUGGGGGAUGUGAAGACGGUGGUUAAUUGUUCUGGGAUGGGGAUUGAGGAUCCCCGGGCUUUCAUUAUCAGAGGGCAAACUUGUCUCGUGCGUAACCCUGUGUCGCAAACGAUUACGCGACAGAAUCAAGAUGGUUCAUGGUCCUUCUGUAUCCCGCGACCUUUGGAUGGGGGGACCAUCAUUGGGGGAACGAAGGAACCGCAUAAUUGGGAUCCAAACCCAUCUGUGGAGACCAGAGAGCGAUUGCUAGCUAACGCUACGAAAUGGUUCCCUUUCUCGCCGGAGAGUGGUGGGAAAUUCGAUGUGAUUCGGGAUAUUGUUGGUCGGCGACCUGCUCGCGAGGGUGGAAUGCGACUCGAGGUCGAGAAACUUGCUGAUGAGCGAUACAUUGUGCAUGGGUAUGGUGCUGGAGGUCGUGGGUUCGAGCUUUCUCGUGGGGUUGCUGAAGAUAUCACGGCGUUGAUGCUUGAGAAUAACCUAUUACGGGCGAAGGCAUCGCUAUAG